AGCCCGGGCGUCAACGGGCGCCAACGGCCGCGGCGCUGACAGGAGCCCCCGGCCAUUGGCUUCGGGAGCGGCGCUGUCGCGAGGGCGGCAGCUCGAGCCGCGGCUGUUCCCGUAACCAAGGCGCUGCCAGGCACAGGCGCGCGCGCACACACACACCACACACCACACACACCCCGAGCGCGGAGCGGCGCGGGCUCGGGGGCCGCCUUUGCAGGUCUUCUCUUCCCUGCACCAUGCUCCGCUCCAGGCAGCGCCCGCCCGCUGCUCCCUGAGGGGAGACAGCCCGCCGCCGCCCCGCGCCCCGUUACAGCGGGCGACUGGCACCCGGCUAACCGCGCCCCCCCCCCCCCCCCCCCGGCGGUUACCUGAGUUAGCUCCGUCCCGGGGACUUCGGGCUGCCGCCCCUUCGCAGCGCCUCACCCCGCUCCCGCUGUGGUAGCCCUUGGGCGGCGGGGGAGCGAGCCGCGAGCAGCCGGAGGGACUGCAGCCGCCGCCGGGGGAGAGGAGCUCCAGCCCCCGCCUCCGGAGCUCUUCAUGGCGUCUCACCAGCAGACCAGGAUCCAAGCCUACCUGGAGAAGAAUAAGAUCGGUCCCCUCUUCGAGGAGUUGAUGACCAAGCUGAUAACAGAGACACCUGACCAGCCAAUCCCAUUUCUAAUUGAUCAUCUUCAGUCCAAACAGGGGAACCGCAGUCAGCUUCAGAGAACGUUGUCUGGCUCUGCUGCCCUUUGGGCAGAGAGUGAAACAUCAGAAAAUAAAGGAACAAGGAGAGAUUUUAGAAGUUAUGAUAAACCUUGGCAGGUAAAUGCAAAAAAGCCUAAAAAGUCAAAGAGCGACCUUGCUGUGUCCAACAUUUCUCCACCAUCACCGGAGUCCAAGUCAUUGCCAAGGUCAAUAGAGCAUCCUAAAUGGGAUUGGAGGACAAAACCGGAGAACCAUGAUUUUGAUGAACUAAAUCAUAUUCUUCAAGAGAGCAAAAAACUUGGAAAAGCCCUUGAGAAUCUGUCUCGCAGCAUUGCUAUUUCUGAUGAACUUGAUAAGGACACAACAGGUUUUAACACCCCCCUUCUUAGACCUCGUGUGAUUGGAGAAUGGAUUGGCCGUGAAGAGAAUGAUGCAGACCCACUGGCUGCUGAGAUGCUGCAGCCGCCAAUACCAAGAAAUAAAAAUGAGCAGUGGGACAGCGAGGAUAGCAGCAGUCCUGGAGGAAGCUUAAAAAUGGAGCCAAAGACCAAAGGACUAAAACAACAACAGCAACAACAUAAGAAACUGCUGGCUGCCAUGCUUUCUCAGGACUCCUUUGAUUCUGCUCAAAGCACAGCUCCAUCUGUAACCGAAGAAGAUAUUGACAAUGAAGAUGAUGCAAUGGAACUGCUGGAGGAUCUUGAUGAUCUAAGAAUGGAAGGAGUAACAAGUGUGAUGUCUUCUGGGAGCAAAUUCAAUCAGACUCGAAGUGCUCAUACGUCUGAGCCUCAAGCAAAGGUCACAUUGAAUAUCUGUGCAAGAUGUGCCAGAUUGCAAGGAGAUAAUUUGGCAGAAAGGCCGGAAGAUGUCUCCAUGGUAUCUCAAACAUCUGAGCCAGCAGUGUCAGACUCUGAUGCUCAAGUACCUGGGGUUGAAACACUUACAGAAGAUAUUGAUGAAUUUCAGAGUGCCUCUCAAGUGGCAGGAUCUACGAUUUGGACCCUGGAUGCCAUGGGUGUCAGACCUGGAGGUUCCCCAAGGCAGAAACUCUUACAGGACUCCUUAGCAGCAAAAGAACUUCAGACCAUGGAGAAACACUUAGCUGAUAUUGAGAAAGACCUAGCGCUAUGGGAAGAAGCAAGGCUCUCAAGAAGCCCUAGUAUCCAACAUCAUAGUUUAGUUACAUCUGACCAUCAAGGCCAUCUUCAAGCCACACAGGGCCAAAAUCCGAGGCCUCAGGUGCCAACUCAGACAGGGAAGAACAUUCAGCUCCAAGGAAACAAAUCACCACCGCUGCCCACUAACAGCAGAACACAAAUCUCCAGUGUUGCAAACAGUAGGCCUCCAACGCCCGGUACACAAACCAACAGGCCACCAACUCCAUCAACUCCGGGGAGCAGACCUGUGACCCCGAAUAGCUUGCUGUCACGGCCUCUUACCCCUAGCAACCAAGGAAAUAGGGAAGGCAUCAUUAGUAUGCAAAGAAGCAGAUCUUUGACAUCUAAGAGCCAAAUGGGGAGGACCCUCAGUGCUGCUUCAGGGCUCUCUGUGCAAAUGAGUGGAGACAUUGUUGGAACUGUCACUACUCAGAGAAGCAGUUUAUCAGAAAUCUGUUUGUGGCAGGAUGAAUUCUUACAACAGCUUCAGCUUGCUCAUCAACCUUGGAUAUUGCCGAGUGACACAGAAAGUGAAGGAGUGGAAGCUGACCAAGACAAAUGUUUGUGAAAUCAGUGGGAUUGUUGAAGAACAAUUUAAUUAAAACAAAAUUAUGGUGAUCAAAACUACACCUGAAAAUUUGCUUUAGUUUAUGCAUAAUAAUUUUAAAUAAAGUUAUUUUUCUAGUAUCAGCAGUACAUAAGUGGAACCGCUCUGAUAUGUGGAUGCUCUAAUGCACUGAAUCAGAGUAUUUACUGUGGUACAGUGGCCUUAGGAAAGAAGGGUAACUGUCACCUUUUAGUAUAAAGUAAUUAUAAUGGUUUUGUUCAGUUUAUACCCCUGUUAUUUUGGGUUAACAUUUGAUAAACUAAACUCUGCCUGACCAAAACAAACUCUACCUAGAGAUUUUAUGUAUUUUAACUUGUCUAAGGUUUUCUACUCCUUAUAUUUUUGUAAUCUUUACUCUUUUUUAGAUUAAUAAACAUUAAAGUAUUUGCCCACGUCUGCCAGUGUGUAUGUCCCAUUCAAGUCUCACAGACACUAGCUGUUCACUCACAGUCACCUGCAGAGAGAGGUCAGAAGGGGGAGGGAGAGAAAGAGUAUGUGUGUGGGUAGCAGAAACAGGUGUUGCCCAUGCUGCAUAGCUUUGUAUUGAGUUUAUCUAUCUACUUUGAUCUUUAAAACAAAUAAAGACUCUGUUAAAAAGGGAACAUAUCAAUAAGGAAUGGAGCAUGCAUGCAAAAAUAAAGUACCUAAAGGAAUUGCAUAUAUAUGAUAAAGCAUUAGUUACUCAUAUGGAUUACUGAAACAAACUUGCUGUUUACAAUAAGCUAACUGGUGUGUGCUGUGUGCUUGGAACUUUAGAAGAUGCUUUUUGCACAGACAUCAAAUGAAGGGAUGUGGCAGUUGCAUUUACUGAUUUCAUUUACCUGUUAAUUCUGUCAAGUGUGUUCUCAAUUUCCUUUGUCUUCAAUUCCGUAUGCUUGGUUCCUGUAUCUUAGGCAUAAUGAUAUAAUGAAAUUGCUUGCAACUGUUAAAAAAUACAGUAUAACAAACCAUCUAUUUGUUUAAGAAAUAAAAAUGAGUUGUCUGUCAUGAA